UCCACAAACACAAACGACGCUGUCUUAUAAAAAUCCACGAAAUUCCUCCCUCUCUCUCUCUCUCUAUGAAAGUUCCAAACUCUCAGGGUUUGAACGUGUGCACUUGUCGUCCUCAAAUUUGACCCUUUUGUUUUGGUGGCUGUUAAUCUUUCUGGGGCCGUGUAAAUAUAGCCAAAGCUUCAAUCUUUCGUUGUUUCUUUUGAGAUAUUUGCAGUUUCCGUAUCUGGGUUUGUAAGUAAAACAAGCAAAUGCACUUUAACUUCUUCGAGUUGGGAAUUCUUGCCUCAUGAGUCUGACCACUAUGUUGGAGUCCAUUGCUUUUUGCCAAAGCUCUAAGGGAUAUGACAUUAUCAAACAAAAGAGUCUUAUUGGGCCCUCCUCUCAUUCUAUUUCACGACUUGGUGGACAAUAUAGUCGUAUGCCUUAUUCCCGAAACCAGCACGCGUGUCUGCCAUCAUAUGCCGUCAGUUAUAGGAUGAGUCACAGUUCUUUUGUUUCAGGAUAUCUCUUUGAGGGCACAUCUUUUUUAUUUUCCUCAGUAUCUAAUUGGAGAGGAUUCUGUUUUUCUAACAAUAGACUGGCUACUUGGGAAAGAUCACGAGUGUAUGCAGCACUUGAUGUUGCCAGUGCUAUUGAUGUCAUUAAUGAUUUAGGUUUGGAUACGUUGACAUUCUUAGCUGUGACUGUCUUGGUUGUUCCAGCCUUUAAGAUCAUUAGAGCUAGCCCUAUACUUGGUUUCUUCUUUGGGGGGAUUAUCCUCAAUCAGCUUGGCUUGUUCAGAAAUCUUACUGAUGUCAAAGUUCUGUCUGAAUGGGGGAUUCUGUUUUUGCUGUUUGAGAUGGGUUUAGAGCUUUCAUUUGCACGUCUAAAAGCUCUUGCAAAAUUUGCCUUUGGCAUGGGAUUGACUCAGGUUGUGUUAUCUACUCUUGCUUUCACAGCAUUUGAACUUCCUCCUAAUGGGGCUAUUGGAACAAAAAUUUUGGAAUUUCUUUUUCACUCGAGGCCUGAUUUGGUCAACAUCAGAAGUGUUGAUGAGGCUGUAGUGAUCGGUGCUGCUCUCUCUCUGUCUUCUUCAGCUUUUGUUCUGCAGCUUCUUGCAGAGAAAGGUGAGCUCCCAACAAGAUUUGGCUCAGCAACUUUGGGGAUACUUCUAUUACAGGACAUAGCUGUUGUCCCUCUCUUGGUCAUACUUCCGGUUCUAGAGAGCCAGAACCUGGUAGAGGAAAGUAUUUGGCCAAUGCUUGCCCAAGAAAGUUUAAAGGCUUUAGGUGGACUGGGUCUGCUUUCUCUUGCAGGAAAGUACCUUCUUAGGCGAGUUUUUGAGGUUGUUGCAGAAGCGAGAAGCUCAGAGGCUUUUGUUGCUCUCUGCCUUCUGACAGUUGCUGGGACUUCACUUCUCACUCAGAAGUUGGGCUUCAGUGAUACGCUUGGAGCAUUUUUGGCUGGGGCACUAUUAGCUGAAACAAAUUUCCGGACACAGAUUGAAGCUGAUAUAAGGCCAUUUAGAGGAUUGCUUCUUGGUUUGUUUUUUGUCACUACAGGGGCAACCAUUGAUAUACAGCUCCUUUUCCGAGAAUGGCCAAAUGUACUUUCACUCUUGGCAGGUUUGAUCACCAUCAAGACACUGAUCAUAACAGCAAUAGGUCCUCGUGUUGGAUUGACUAUCCAAGAAAGUGUAAGAAUAGGGUUACUUCUAUCUCAAGGAGGCGAGUUUGGAUUUGUAGUUUUUUCUCUUGCAAACAGGCUCGGUGUGCUACCACUUGAGCUUAACAAGCUGCUCAUAAUUGUUGUUGUCUUGUCAAUGGCAUUAACCCCAUUUCUCAAUGAAGCUGGAAAGAGAGCUGCUGCAUUUAUUGAGCGCAAGUUUGAUGUAGACGAUAAAGCUGCUGAGAUGGGAAACUUUGAUGCUAGUGAGCCUGUGGUCAUACUUGGGUUUGGGCAAAUGGGUCAGGUCCUUGCCAAUUUCUUGUCCACGCCGUUGGCUUCUGGAAUAGAUGGCAAUGCUUUGGGACUGAAUUAUGUUGCUUUUGAUCUUGAUCUUUCUAUAGUGAAGGCUUCUAGAAAACUUGGCUUUCCAAUUCUUUAUGGGGAUGGAUCACGUCCAGAAGUUUUGCAGUCUGCUGGUAUCUCUUCUCCAAAAGCUGUCAUGGUUAUGUACACAGCGAAGAGCAGAACAAUUGAAGCUGUUCAAAGGCUUCGACUUGCUUUCCCUGCAAUCCCAAUUUAUGCCCGAGCUCAGGACCUCAUGCAUCUCUUGGAUUUGAAGAAAGCAGGUGCAACAGACACUAUUUUGGAAAGUGCAGAGACAAGUUUACAGCUGGGCUCUAAACUUUUGAAAGGGCUUGGUGUCAUGUCUGAUGAUGUGAACUUUCUCAGCCAGCUUGUUCGUGACUCCAUGGAGCUACAAGCUAAAGACGCACUCAACAAAACUGAAGAUCGAGAACUUGAUAUUAUGAAGCCAUUACAGGUGAGAGUCGCUGACCUAAUUGGUGACCGAGUACCGGUUUCUUCAAUGCCAGCUGAUGAAAAAUUAACAGCGGCGAAGCUGAGCGAUGCAACUCUUAUCUUGGGGUUUGGUAGAGAAGAAGAUAAAGCAAAUUAUAAUACUGAGCUCAAACAGUCUGAAAAUUCAGGAAAAGGCGUUUUUUAUUGUGAAUUAGAUGGAGAGAAAGGUUUAUCUGUCAAAUCUGAAGAUGCCAAGGGGGAGAAAGAUAUGGUGGACCCAUCAAUCCCAUGCAUAGCAACUGCUGAGGAACCUUAGAAAAGUGCAGGCUUAAAGUCUUCUUCAAGACUUUGGCUCCUCUCUCAAAGAUGCCAGAAAUUCAUGAAUUUUUCAGAUUCUAACAACGCAGGCUAAAUAUUUUCAAAGGGUGAUAGGGAUUUAUCAGGAAAGAGAAAAGAGGGGCUGGCUAGGGUUGGCCCUUUUAAUAGCACAGAAAAUUGGUUUCAAUUCUUUUUAAACCACCUACACCAUGUAUAUUCUGAUGACAAUUAUUGAGCAAUAAAAGCUUUGAUUUUUUUGCUUC